AUGUCUUUAGGUGCACAAGAAAUCCCAGACCCUCUCAAAGACUUUAAAGACUUUCAAAGUUCUUUGUUUAAAUCUCUGGUUUCAGCAACUGCAGCAGCCAAUAGCAUUUCAGUCGAAGAAGUUGGCUUUUAUAGGUCGCUUGAUAGACAGUUUGCUAAAGACUUGGAUCACGCUGGAUCCAGCUCUCUUUCUAUGGGUAACGCUUUAUUGCAACACAGUGCUGCUGACUGUGGUGCUACUGCAAAGAGUUUCGAAGAUGUUGAUGAUGUUCUCGACCGAUAUGGCUCAGUAGUAGACGUCUGUGAUAGUUUGUUAGAAAAAGCAGAUCUCUGCCUAGACCAUAUGGGUGGCAAGGUUAAUCAAGAUGAUUUGAAGAACAAUACGCCCGAAAUUACACAAAUUGCUACUAAGGACAAACUUGACUAUAAAUUCUUACAUGCCAAUAAUGUGGUUCGACCACAAAUGAAGUUUAAGGACAAAGUAGACAACUCUAAUUCAACACCAUUUGAACGAAAAAUCAAGUAUAAACCACACGCACUUGUCCCACUUGAUUUUACUCCUGUCUCUGAAGACAAAUCACUCCCUCAUCCCUAUGUCUAUGAAAUCAACCACAUUGAAUAUCCUGAACGCAUGUUUCAAAUCAGUGAACCAGAAAUUUACCAACCAUACGACACUACUUCAGCAACAUGGGUUGAUACAGAAGAAGCAUUAUUGGAGAUGCUGAAACACUUAGAAGGACAGGAAGAAAUUGCUGUUGAUUUAGAACAUCACAAUUACCGUAGUUAUCAGGGCUUUACAUGUUUGAUGCAACUCAGUACUCGCGAACAAGAUUUCGUGAUUGAUGCCUUGGAACUCCGUGACAAAUUAUGGAUGUUGAACGAGUAUUUUGCUGAUCCCAAUAUUACCAAAGUACUUCACGGUGCUGAAUCUGAUAUCAUUUGGCUUCAACGCGAUUUUGGCCUCUAUAUUGUCAAUUUGUUUGAUACUUACUUUCCUACAAAAGUGCUUGAUUUCCCUCACCACAGUCUUGCUCAUCUUUUGAAGAAAUACUGUAAUUUCGAUGCUGAUAAAAAGUACCAGUUGGCCGAUUGGAGAAUUAGACCAUUGCCAGAGGAGAUGUUGAAUUAUGCUCGUUCUGAUACACAUUUCUUAUUGUACAUUUAUGACUGUCUUCGUAAUGAACUCUUGACAAACUCUACGAGUGAAGGAAACCUUGUGCGUGUCUGUCUUCAAAGAUCUAAUGAUGUUGCUCUCCAAAAAUACGAAAAGGAAGUAUAUGACGCUGUUCUUGGUCUUGGUCCUGGUGGAUGGAAAAACAUGUUGUCAAAGUGGAAAUACUCUCUGAAUCCUCAGCAAUUGGCUGUAUUUAAGGCUCUUCAUAGCUGGCGUGAUCAUACCGCAAGAGAAGGAGAUGAAUCUGUUCGUUACGUUCUGCCUAACCAUAUGUUGAUGACUUUGGUUGAACGCAUGCCUACAGACUCUAGUGGUGUCAUUGGUUGCUGUAACCCAUGCCCAACGUUAGUCAGAAUGAAUGCUCAGGCUAUUGGAUAUGCGAUACAAAAAGCAAAGUUGGAUGCCCUAGAACCUACCAAAGAAACACCGCAACAAGAAUCCAAAUCAAAGAUUGAAGCACAGUCUGUUUCAUCAAGCAAUGGCGCUGUUACUACAACAACACAAGUGCAACAAGUCAAGAGAAAUAUUUCCAAGGUUGAUCCUGCUUUGUUUGAUUUACAGAAAGUGAAGAAGCUUCGACUAGAAACAACAGCACAGCUUGAAAAGAAGACUUCUACAUUAUUUGGUGAUUGUUUAUAA